CAGCGGACUCCGUCGUCGAGUGUGUGCCUCUUUUUGGGGCGUCUAGGGUUAGGGUUUUAUUCUUUUCUCUCCUCUCCGGAUUUUCUGCGGAAAACAUGGAGCAGCUCUCUGGUCGGUCGAAGGGUACAGUGAAGUGGUUCAACGAGAUAAAGGGCUUCGGUUUCAUUACUCCGGAUGACGGUGGCGAUGACCUUUUCGUGCACCAGUCAUCUAUAAAGUCGGAGGGCUAUCGGACCCUUUCAGACGGCGAAGCCGUGGAGUUUGCGGUAUCUGAAGGCGAGGAUGGUCGGACAAAAGCCGUCGAUGUUACCGGCCCUGGUGGUGAUUUCGUCAUCGGAGGAAACUCCGGCGGCGGCGGUGGCGGAGGCGGCGGUCGAAGGGAUGGAUAUGGUGGCGGUGGUGGUAGAGGCGGCGGGAGGUAUGGUGGUGGCGGUGGUGGUUAUGGGUUUAAUGGUGGUGGGGGCGGUGGAAGGGGAGGAGGGUAUAGGGGUGGUGGUGGUGGCGGGGGAUAUGGCGGCGGGUAUGGUGGCGGUGGUGGCUAUAGUAGUGGCGGCGGCGGCGGCGGGAGGUAUGGUGGUGGAGGUGGAGGCGGGAGGUAUGGCAGUGGAGGUGGAGGUGGUGGUGGUGGUGGCGGGGCAGGAGAAUGCUAUAACUGCGGUGAGGUUGGGCAUUUCGCAAGGGAGUGCUCUGCGCCAAAACGCUAGUGAAUCUCUCUUGCUCUCUAUGCUAUUUUGGUUAUUGUCCCUUAAGGUCAAACUUACUGUUUUAUGAUCUGGGAUGUUCUAUCUGCGAGCUGCACUUUAUUUUGUUUUAAAGCUUUCUUUUGAUGGCCUAGAGGGUCCUAGGAUAUGGAUUUGUUUUCUUUGAAUUUGGCUUGAUUUAGGUAGGUCUGCUGUUUCGGCUAUUAACCUUGUAUGUUGUUUGGAAAGAAUGAUACAUUUUUAUUAUGCUUGAAACAAGUUAUACUUUUUGCUCUUGGA